AUUUGUUCGCGACUAACUCGAUUGGGCGGUGAAACUGUGACACUAACAACUUUUUACAAUGCUAAAAUCGCUUAACAUACGAGUACUCGUAAUUGGCUUACUCUGUACCAGCCCCGCCUAUGUUAAGACCCUUGAAUAUUAUACGGAAAAGCCCUCAUAUAUUGAAUCGUGUCGCAUUAAUGAGCCAGACUUUACCAACUGCUCAACUCGUUCCAUACAGGGAUUCCUCAACGCAGUCAUUGAAGGUAUACCCGAAAUUGAGGAAUCUUUUGGACCGAUAGAUCCCAUGAAACAAGACCAACUGUCUUUCAAACAGGAAAACAGCGAUAUCGUUUCCAUCUCCGCAAAUAUAACCAAUCUUGUAAUACGCGGCUUUGGCAAAAUGGUGCUCAAGGAGAGCAAGGUAAGCAAGAAGGACUUUAGCUGGCAGGAUCACAUUUACAUUCCCAAAAUGCGAAUUGAUGGUAAUUACAAAAUGCUUGGACGCGUUUUAAUAAUUCCACUGCACGGAUCUGGCACUUUAUUUAUCGAGAUAGAUGAACUUAAUAUAUUUAUGAAUGCCACGACACGCAUCUAUGAAAAGGGAGGAUACACCUUCUUCAGCGUGAUUGCGGUGAGUGUUAAAUUAGAUGUGGGCCGUGUCUGGACAUAUAUGGACAAUCUGUUCAACGGUCAUAGCAAGGAUGUGGAACGCAGUACAAAUGAGUUCUUUAAUGAGAACUGGCGUGAGUUCUACGAAGCGUUACAUCCACUAAUUGUGGAAACAGUGGAGCGCACAUUGCUCGAUCUGCUGAAGAAGAUGUUCAAUUUGAUGCCCGCCAAUUUCUUUGUGGAGGAUAUACCCAAUUCCCUGGCUUUGUAUGGGCUAAAAACGCGGCUUAUAGUGUAGAAUUAUGUGAUUAUUGAAAAAACAGUCCGUUUUCAAUUAAUUGUUACAGUUAAAGAAUAAAUGCAAAAGCUCAA